CACCUCAUUUCAGUCGCUUACUCACCUGAGACCUGCAGAUCGCAAGUGGACAAACCUGAGCUUACCAGACAUUAACACGGUCAACAUCAACAAUGGAAGAAGAUCUGAGGAUUGUUCUGCUGGGUAAAACUAGAUCAGGAAAGAGUUCAACAGGUAACACUAUACUGGGUAGAGAUGUGUUCAGAGUGAGUAACUAUGCUGGGCCUACAACCAGACAGUGUUUACAAAGAAGAACAACGAAUGGAGCAAAUGGCAUCUCUGUGAUCGACACACCUGGACUGUUUCACACGUCCAUGACUGAAAAACAGCUGAAGGCUGAGAUUGAGAAGAGUUUGCAGAUGUCUGCUCCUGGUCCUCAUGCGUUUCUGCUGGUCAUCAGACUCGGGAGAUUCACAGAGGAAGAGAAAAACACAGUCAAGUGGAUUCAGGAGAACUUUGGAGAAGAUGUUAAGAGAUUCGCCAUGCUGUUGUUCACAGGAGCUGAUCAAUUAAACAAACCUUUAGAAGAACUUCUGCAGGAAAACCCAGAGCUGCAGAAGUUAGUGGCUGAUUAUGGGGGAAGGUAUCAUGCCUUCAAUAAUGUGGAGAACAACGAUCAAGCUCAAGUCAAUGAACUGCUGGAGAAAAUCAACAACACAAUAGUUGAGAUAAAUAAGAAAGGAUGCUACACCAUUGAGAUGUUCAAGAAGACUCGGAGAAAGACAUUCAUGAUAAAAAUGUUAAAGAUAUUUGGCGUUUUAACAUUAACAUAUGUAUUAUAUAAAAAAUGGAGAUUCUGGCAGACAGUGACAUACAUAUGUAAGUAAUGCUGUUAAAAUCGGAGUAAUAUUUGUCAUUUUUGAGAAAGUAGCCUACAGCAAUAUACUGUGAAUAAUCAGCGUUCAGAGUCUACACUCCGAGACUGUGUCCCAAAUCACACCUACACCCUCAUUCACUAUUCCCUACAUGAGUUUACUAAUACAGUCCACUUAACAGAGAGAAUGAAAGCAAGUGAGUGAAUUCAGACUCUGAUGAACAACUGCUGUUAACAGCAGAUUUAAUGAAGGAAAGAGAAACAAGAACUACAAAUUGCUUCCAGCCACAAAAUGUCACACUUUACACUUCCAGAGUGAGGAAUAGGGCUAAGGAAAUCACUCUGGACUCCACACACCCAGCACACUCUCUCUCUGAACUGUUGCCCUCUAGCCAGUGCUACAGAGCACUGAGCACCAGAACAGCCAGACACAAGAAGAGUUGUUUUUCCCGCAGGCCAUAUUCAACCUAAACAAUACAUAA